AUGGCUCAAGAGUACGGUCAAAAUGCAUCAUCUACAUCGUCAAAUGAAUCGAUCAGGACACAAGUCCCCAUGGGAUAUCAUCUUCCGUCCGAGCAAGGCUACAACAGCUACAGAAAUGACAGCCUCGAAGCCAGUCCAUGGUCUACUCCAGUUCUCGACGGCUCUGGACGCUUCGGAGACUUCGGCUAUUCAGGCUCACCUGCGACGUCUCUGAACCCACACUCAGACGCGUAUGUUCCUGGCGGUGGUUCUUUUGAUACUCAAGGACUCGGAUUUCGGCAACACAGCGGUCAAAACUACAACCAAGGUGCCUGGGACGAUUAUCAGCGUCAACAGUUAGGUCCCACACAACAGCCGGGUGAAUAUUAUCAGCAAGGCAAUAUGGUACAGGGCGGUCCGGUUGGGGGUUCUGGUUCUCAUUUCCCCAGCUCAUCAUACGGUCAGCUUCCCGGAAGUCCUUAUCAGGACUAUGGCAAUAACUACAACUACGAUAUGGGCUCACCUGCUUCCAACUAUGCCACUUCGUCAAUUCAAAGUUACCAGACUCAACUCCCUUACGGUCCAGCCACUGUUUUAGGUCCUACGCCUGCGUAUGGCAACCAGGCCUACACAAACACCCCAUACAAUAGCAUUCACCCCUCCGAUCAAUACCGUGGUCCAGGUCCGCGAGCUCAUCGCAACAGUUUUAGCUCCGGUCCAAAACCCCAAGUCUCUCAUGGGAUGGGCAAGAAGCGGAGUGUCAGUGACUUUCAUGUGCAGCCUUCCAAGCUCGGAAGUGCUCCCGUCCGUUAUGGCAGCCCGCAGAAGAGUAACUUCCGCGAUCAAGCAAUGGGAGGCCAAGUCCAGCCACCACCGCCGUCGGUCAGAAGUGGCAGUCCCAACAAGAGUUCAAGUCGAGGAUCUUCUGCCGCUCCUUCAACUUCUCGCGCAAGCGUAAACGAAGAUGACAUUCCAACUCCUGGUCCUCGCCCUCGUCAGCUCGAUCUUUCAUUCACUUCUGAGCCACGCCACAACGAUCACCGACCUCGCAGCGACGACAAUAUGGCUACUCCGCGAACACUCCGAUCGGCUAGGGGACAGUCAAUCAUGGGUUUGAAUAGCACCGGUCACGCUCGUGCUGACUAUACAGGAAGUGUUGGCAGUCGUGCCUCGAGAGAUGCAAGUGACUUCUUCACCGAGCCUAGUCUUCUUGACAAUCUUAAGGAUAUGAACAUGGAUAACAAGCACACUCAAUCAAAGCGACAAGCCCCUCCCAAGAUGUCGAAUCUAAUGGCAGCCAGUGGUAUCAAUACAACCACUCUCUCCCCAAUCACAGAGGGCCCACGUACACAACUGACCCCUUACAACUCGAGCCCUCAUCAGAAAGGUCAAGGUCGUCCCACAUUCAAUGAUCCAUUCGGCCCUUCACUUUCAAUGAUGACGCCAUUCACUGGGAAAACUCUUCUCCGUGAUGAACAGAGUUAUCUACUCAAGACAUUAACUCGUAACAACACCGGCAAACCGUCUAUCGAUGACGCUCUUCACGCCAAGAACUUCCCCUUCGUCGAGUACUGCCGCCUGCCAAAGCCUGACACAUGGGGAGUCAUCAAGAUCAAGAACAUCCCCUAUGGCGUUGCUCGUGCCGAAGUCAUGGCCUUUCUUGGUCGAAAUGCCCGUAUUAUCAACGAAAGCGAGUAUGAGCCGGUUCACAUUGUCAUGGAGCGCGUCACCAGCAAGACUCUUGACUGUUAUGUCGAGUUUACUAACUUUGAUGAAGCCGUCAGCGCUGUUAACCGUUUCGAGACCAACCGUACUGGCGGUCGCGGUGGACGUCUCGGCCAACGACACGUUGAGGUUGAGCUUUCCAGCCAGGACCUGUUGAUGAAAGAGCUGUUCCCGAAAGCCAAGAACGUGAUGUGGUCAGGAGGUCGUCCGAACAUCAUUCCCAGGGACCCGAAUGAUAUCUACAGCUCUGGUUUCCAAGGCUUCGUUAGCAAGGAGGAGGUGGUCAUGAUGGUCAAGCACGUCGAGGCACCACAGCGUAAUCAGUCGCCGUUCUCGAAGGAUUGCCCACAGCGUCCAUUCGAAUGUCUCAUUAGUACUUUGCUCAAGUAUCCGUGGUACAUGGUCGAUUAUAUCACCAUUGAAGAUCGUAAUCUCCUGUUUGCUGCGACUAUCGAGCUUCUGAAGCUGCUCCUCGAGCGUGUAAACAACGAGAGAGACGACGUUAACCUUACUCCGAUGUUGUUGAAGAGAGUUUGGCGUGCGGCUUUACGCUGCCCCGGCUUCACACCCGCCCAGAAAGACGAUGUUAUCUGUAUUUGCAACAUUGAUGAUCGAACUGCUAUGGAGAUUGGUAUGGCCCCUCAUGCAUCAUACUGGAAGUACCUUUGGUCAAUUGGCCCAAAGCCUGGCACUCCUACAGAUCUGUUACUAUAUUACUGUGCGAUAAUACGCGAAGCUACCGAAGGCAAGCAGGAGAAGCUGUCCCUAGCAGAGCGCGCUGCCCGUGGCGAAGACGAAGUGCAGGAGGUCAAGCUGUUCGGGGACUUGGAUAAGCGUAUAUGCUACAACCCCAACCAACCCAUGAAGUUUCAGACACUUUCUGAGGUUGCCAAAGCCGAAUGGACUGCCAUCGAACAAGUCUUGCGCCAAGCUUUGACUCCCGCUAUUGAGGGCUAA